AACUGGACUCGAUAUUAGGAUGAUGUUUUUCCCUUUCGCUCUCUUGGUUUGGCUUUCUGGAGGGUUGGAUGCACAAAGCGCAGCACCGUCUUGUAGUCCUCCCACCCUGGAUUAUGGUUAUUUCAUCCCUCCAAAAGUGUUUUAUCCUCAUGAAACCCACAUCGUCUAUGUCUGUGAAGACGGAUAUAAGCCACCAGGGGAGGGCUGGUUUACAACCAGCACAUGUAAGAAUGGUAACUGGUCUCCUGAGCCUCGGUGUAUAGGUCAACCAUGUGUGAUGGAACCAGCUGAUUACCCAGACAUAAACCUAUCUUCAACUACGUAUAUGGAAGAGGGACAAUCAAAGUCUUUUCCAUGCCGGAUGCGAGGCUACACUCUUUAUGCUCGGUGCAACAACAGAACAUUGGAAACCACCGGCUGUUGUUACAACGACUACAUACAAUAUCCAGGUUACUGUGUGUUUACUUCAAGAUGGUAACAACUGCUGGAUUUCGGCCCCGUCACUGCUGAUGGACGUCUACAUCUAGAACAAUGUAAUACAAACAUCCACGUGUAUUUGUGUGGAAGUACGUCUCACUGCCCAAGUACUAAUACAGUUAAUAAUAAAUAUAAUAAAAGCAUGGUCCAGUGUUCUCAUCUGAAGUAAAAUGAGAAAUAAAAAAUGUGCUGCUGCCGCCUGAGCAGCUGUAGCUGCAGCAUCACCAAGUAAAAAGUAUGACGAAAAGAAAUAAAGAAAAACUCCUGCAGUCACUCUCAUGUGUACUUUGAUAUUAUUGUUUUUGCAGUAUCCAAGAUAUCCCAAGAUAUUUCACGCUUUUUCAUGUCAACUAUAAAUAAUUAGCAGACGUGCAUUUCUGCAUUUCAGGCCUUCAAUAUAAAACAGU